UUGUGAGAAAGGCGAGUCGGUUGUUGCCGCUCGUCUCUCCGCGCGUGUUGUGGUUUAUGUGUUGUGGGUGCUGUGCAAACCCAUCGCUGAUUCUACGCAGAUUCGGGCAAAGCCCGGCCGCAUUGCGGCCUAUUCGACUCUUUUGUCUCAGUGAUUUUCUUAUUUGAAGUUUAUAAGUGAAUCAAGUGAAUAGUGAAGUGUCGUGCUAGUGAUAUGGCUACUACGAUUUUCACCGCCCUCGUGGCGCUGGCCGCUUUAGGGUCAGUGCUAUGCGAGGAUGAAACCAUAGGCCCGAUAUUUAUGAAGGAACCCCCGAAUCGAGUAGACUUCAGCAAUACGACCGGUGCGACUGUUGAAUGUGCUGCCCGUGGUUCUCCGACCCCCGACAUCAUCUGGGUGCGAGCUGAUGGUACUACCGUAGGAGAUGUCCCUGGAUUGCGUCAGGUCUUGCCAAAUGGAAACUUGUUGUUCCCGCCAUUCCGUGCCAAAGAUUACCGCCAGGAAGUACACGCUCAGGUCUAUGCUUGUCUCGCACGCAACCCUGUAGGAACUAUACUGUCGCGUGAUGUCAAUGUCCGAGCGGCUGUUAAUCAAUUCUAUGAAUCGCAAGUAUACGACAUAUACGUGAUCCGUGGUAAUGCUGCUGUGUUUAAAUGUCAUAUCCCGUCUUUCGUUUCUGACCACGUGCAAGUAGUUUCUUGGCAUGAUACUAAAGGAGGAGAGUACUUGCAAAUUGAUGAAAACGACGGAAAAUAUUUGGUACUCCCAUCUGGAGAGUUACACAUUCGUGAUGUCGGACCUGAAGACGGAUAUAAAUCUUACCAAUGUCGGACAAAGCAUAGACUGACUGGAGAAACUAGAUUGUCAGCUACUAAGGGGCGACUUGUCAUUACUGAACCCGUUGGACGUGUUCCACCUAAAUUCGCUUCAGUUGUGAUGGGAACUAUUAUCGCAGUCAAGAAAAGCAUAAGAUUUGAAUUGCAAUGCCCAGCGCAAGCUUUCCCUAUUCCAAUUUUCAGAUGGUACAAAUUCAUUGAUGGCACAACACGCAAACAACCCGUCACACUUGACGAUAGAGUGAAGCAAGUAUCUGGAACUCUGAUUAUCAAAGAGGCAAAAGUUGAAGACUCUGGCAAAUACUUGUGUGUCGUCAAUAAUUCCGUCGGAGGCGAAUCCGUUGAAACCGUUUUAACCGUCACCGCUCCAUUGAAAGCAACCGUAGAGCCCGCCACUCAAACGGUAGACUUCGGGAGACCCGCUGUCUUUACUUGCAGAUAUGAAGGAAACCCCGUCAAAACUAUUACAUGGCUGAAAGACGGUAAAGAUAUGAAACACCAUGACGCAAGCUUAAGAAUUGAAUCUGUGAAGAAAGAAGACAAGGGAAUGUAUCAGUGUUCCAUUAGGAACGACCAAGAAAGCGCAAGUGCAAGUGCUGAGCUGAAACUCGGAGGACGAUUUGAACCGCCUCAAAUCAGGCAUAGCUUUGGCGAGCAGACUUUCCGCUCCGGUCCGUCUCUUCGGCUGAAAUGUGUAGCGUCCGGGAACCCGACCCCCGACAUCGCCUGGCUCUUGGACGGUGAGAAGCUGUCCAGUGGCGAACGACUUCAGAUCGGACAAUUCGUUACGGCCGACGGCAACGUCGAGUCGCACCUCAACAUUUCUUCCGUGCAGACCAACGAUGGCGGCCUCUACACCUGCUUCGCUUCGAGCAAGGUCGGCAGCACAUCCCAUUCGGCUCGUGUCAACAUCUACGGUCUACCCUUCGUUCGUCCGAUGAAGAAGCGUCCCGUCGUCGCCGGAGACACUCUGAUCGUGCACUGUCCAGUCGCCGGCUACCCUAUCGACUCCAUUGUUUGGGAACGUGAUGGAAGAGUCCUCCCGAUCAACCGAAAACAGAAAGUAUUCCCCAACGGCACCCUUGUUAUCGAGAACGUUGAGCGCAUGAGCGACGAAGCCACAUACACCUGCGUCGCGAAGAACUCGCAGGGAUACACGGCUAGAGAAACCCUAGAACUUCAAGUCAUGGUUCCGCCGAUAAUAGCGCCGUUCAGCUUUGGUGAGAUUCCAUCAAAUCCUGGUGAUACAGCAGUUGUGAAUUGUGUGGCCACUAAGGGUGACAUGCCUCUCGACAUAUCGUGGACUUUCAGCAGCGAAACAAUAGAUUCAAGUCUCCAAAGAGACAUCAUGACGAUGCCGCUAGGCUCCCGCGCCUCUGUCCUCACUAUCAACUCUGUCAACGCAAAUCACCAAGGGAACUACACGUGCAUCGUAAAAAACGCGGCCGGCCGCGCUGAACACGUGGCUACCUUAGUCGUAAAUGUUCCACCACGUUGGAUUCUUGAGCCAACUGAUAAAGCUUUUGCCCAAGGCUCUGAUGCUAAAGUUGAAUGUAAAGCCGACGGCUUCCCCAAGCCUCAAGUUACUUGGAAAAGGGCUGAAGGGGAUACGCCUGGCGAUUACAAAGACCUUAAGCCUAACAACCCAAAUGUUAAAGUUGAGGACGGCACAUUGACUAUUUCAAAUAUUCAGAAAACAAAUGAGGGCUAUUAUCUUUGCGAAGCCGUUAACGGGAUUGGAUCCGGACUGUCUGCGGUGAUUCUUAUCAGCGUACAGGCACCACCCCAAUUCGAGAUUAAAAUGAGGAAUCAGACUGCUCGCAAAAGUGAACCUGCUGUACUUCAAUGCCAAGCUAAAGGAGAGAAGCCUAUCGGAAUCAUCUGGAACAUGAACAACAAACGUCUCGAACCCAAAUCCGACCCAAGAUAUACCAUCCGCGAAGAGAUUCUCCUCGGGGGAGUUGUAUCUGACCUGAGCAUUAGAAGAACUGAACGAUCGGACAGUGCGCUGUUUACUUGCGUGGCUACUAACGCUUUCGGUUCGGACGAUACCAGCAUCAACAUGAUCAUCCAGGAGGUUCCCGAAGCUCCGUACGGUCUAAAAGUCUUGGACAAAUCUGGAAGAACGGUACAACUGUCUUGGGCAGCUCCUUAUGACGGCAACUCGCCCAUAAAGAAGUUCCUUAUUGAAUACAAACGCGCUAAGGGUAACUGGGAAAAGGAUAUUGACAGAGUUCUUGUACCAGGGGACGCUACUGAAGCCGGCGUAUUUAGUUUGAGACCCGCCACCGCCUACCACAUUAGGAUCGUCGCCGAAAACGAACUAGGAACUUCAGAGCCUUCAGAAACGGUUACAAUCAUCACGGCCGAGGAGGCACCCACCGGGCCACCACAAGACGUUAAGGUUGACGCCGCGGACAAGUACACACUUCGCGUAACCUGGAAACCUCCCGCGCCCCAAGACUGGAAUGGUGAACUGCAAGGGUACUACGUUGGAUACAAAUUGGCUUCCAGCAACAAAUCGUUCGUUUUUGAAACCGUCGACAUUUCCAAAGAAUCUGGCAAGGAACACCAUUUGGACAUUCAAAAUCUGAAGACCUACACCCAGUACACUGUCGUAGUCCAAGCCUUCAAUAAGAUGGGAUCGGGCCCGGUGUCCGCUGAAGUCCGCGCCUAUACCGCCGAAGGUGCCCCGUCUGCUCCCCCUCAAGACGUUUUAUGCACCACCCUCACGGCACAAACCAUCCGCGUCUCCUGGGUGUCGCCCCCACUGGCUGCUGCCAAUGGUCUGAUCAAGGCGUACAAAGUGAUUUACGGACCCAGCGAAACUUGGUACGAUGAAAAAACUAAGGACACCAAAAACACGGCUAGUAGCGAAACUAUUCUCCACGGACUCAAGAAAUUCACUAACUACUCUAUGGAAGUGCUUGCGACCACUAACGGCGGAGACGGAGUGCGAUCUGUACCCAUCCACUGUCAGACUGAACAAGACGUACCCGAGGCCCCGCGAGCUGUCAAAGCUCUUGUAAUGGGACAGGACUCUAUCCUUGUUUCUUGGAGAGCCCCCGCGCAACCUAACGGAGUUGUCACCCACUACAACGUUUACACGCAAGCACAGAACGCAGAACCUCAUCCUAAUAAGGUACCAGCCAGUCAAACUAGUUACUCCGCAACUGAACUGAAGCCCGGCCGAUACGACUUCUGGGUAACCGCUUCAACUAUCAUCGGCGAAGGACAACCCUCAGCAACCGCCUCUUGCAGCCCCAGCGACAAAGUACCCGCUAAGAUCGCUUCGUUUGACGAAUCAUUCACCGCGACCUACAAAGAGGAUGUGAAGCUGCCUUGUCUUGCUGUCGGUGUGCCGUCCCCUAAUAUUAUCUGGAAGGUCAAAGGUCAACUCUUGGACGCGUCGGAGCGUGUCCGCCAGCUGCCGGAAGGUUCGCUUCAGAUCGCCGGGGUGGCUCGCGAGGACGCCGGGGAGUAUUCCUGUCACGUCGACAACCAGUUCGGCACCGACACCGUCACCCACACUCUGUCUGUACUCGCCCCCCCGUUCCCGCCGCAGCUGAGCAUCGCGUCGUCGUCCGUGUCGUCCCUGACGCUCCGCCUGAAGCCGUCCGCCGACGUGGACCAGUCCCCCGCCGCCGGCUACACCAUCCACUACAAACAGGAGUUCGGAGACUGGGAAACUGUUCAGAUCCCGAGCAGCACCGAUACGUACACUCUUGAGAAUUUAUUCUGCGGAUCACGAUAUCAGCUUUACGUCACAGCUUACAAUGGUAUCGGAACUGGCGAGGCUUCGGACGUGGUGAUCGCCCGCACGCGCGGCUCCAAGCCCCCCGUGCCCCGCGCCGCCGACUUCAUCGAGGUGGCCUCCUCCUCCGUCACCCUGCACCUCAAGCAGUGGCUCGACGGCGGCUGCCCCAUGAGCCACUUCGUCGUCGAGAACAAGAAGAAGUAA